UUGGAACAAACUGACACUACAGCCAUCUGUUGCAAAACCCUCAAAACUAAAUCACACUCCUAAUAGAAUUUACAGAUAUCAGUGUACUGAAACAGUGUCGAAUAAGUGUAAGGUCUCUUCACACAUAUCCGUGACGUGUCAGUACCGUAUCAGUGCCGUGUCAGUGACAUCCGUAACGUAACCAUGGUUAUUCACAUAUGUCCGUACAAUUUGGAACGUCAAUACUCAGUGAUCUUCAAGAUGACUCAAUUUACGGACGAUGAAUUGGCAAUAAUUGCUAUAACGUUGGAUGAAGAGGAAGGAAAUGAGAGAAAGAAACGGAAGUGGGUACACGAAGCAUGGAAGAAAAGAAAAAGCAAAGGAGAAUUUGCAACCUUGUACAAGGAAUUAAUUAAAGAUGCAAGAAAUUCUUUGAAUAUUUUAGAAUGUCUGAAAAUUGUUUCAAUAAAUUAUUAAACAAAAUAGAAAUACAUUUAAAAAAACAAGACACUUGGUGGAGAAAGGCUAUAACUCCGAGAGAACGGUUAGCAGUUUACCUGAGGUAAAUAAUAAUAUAAGUGGCGUAUUUUUGAAAUAAAUAAUACUUCUCUAUUUUAUUUAAAUCAAACAUAGUUUUACACUUUGAGAAACGGGUUUCCAAUAGUUAAAUUUAUUUCUUUGGUUAUAUAAAUUCAAAGUAAAUGUAUUGUCUGCGCAUUGGCAUUAUUGCUAGUACUUGGAGUUGCUUUAUAAGGAGAUGAGAUUUCAUGUUGAUAUCCAAAUGCUGUUGUAUUUUCUUGAUGUAAAAAUUUUUCAGUAGGUGAUAAUAACGGAAUAGAACUUUGUGAUGAGCUGCUUAAAGUAUAAUUACAAUUCUCAUUAGAUAUUUCUCGGUUUAAGUGCUAUUCCAUAAUCUUUUUCAUUUCAUAUUUUUGCACUAUGGCAAAAAUCUCAGAUUUUGCUAAAUGUAAAUAAUAUGGAGAUAAUGUUUUUAACGAUGGUGCAACACCAGCUAAAAAUGCAUCUACAGGAUGUGGUUUUUUGAUUUUUACUGGUUAAGUAUUCUAUUAAUUGUGAUGAAGCUGUUUGAGGUAUCACUUUUUUCAUUGUUGCUUUUCGGACAUUCAUCAUUGAUUUUGUUGGAAUUUCAGGUGUAGUAUUACGAUUUGAGAAAGAAGGCGCCUGGCUUUGUGAAUUAUCAUGUACAUCAUCGAGUUUCUCUGCAUCUUUUCUGUUUUGUAUUUCGUUUCCGUUAUUUUCAUGUUCAUUGUUUUCUUCUUGUCUCUCAUAUUCUUGUUUAUCUUGUUCUUCUUCUUGGUUUUCAAUGUUCCCUUUAGUUUCUCUUUCUUCGAAAUAUUUUUUUAAGAAGCUUAAUUGCUCCGAAUAUUUAUACAGUUUGAUUUUUUUUGCACUUUGUCCGCUCCUAGUCGUUGUUUUUUUAGAGAUUUUCUAUAAUUGUCUCUUAUGUUGUUCCAUCUGGCUUUACAUACUGAUGCUAAAAAGAAAUAUUGCAAAUUGAAAACAAUUACACUAGUUUAUAGCCAAAAAUUAUUUUAAACCAGACAAGGUGUUUCUUUUCUUAUAUCGCAAAAAAGCCAUUUUGUGCAUAUGUAACGUCAAUUACACCUUGUCUGCUUCAAAAUAAUGAAAAAAAUAUUUUUUUAUAAACUAGUGUUAUUACUAAUUAAAUAAAAUUUCAUCCUUUCAGGUAUCUAUGUACGGGAGAUACCCUAAAAACAAUUUCAUUUAGCUACCGUUUGGGACAUAGCACAGUGUACAAGAUCGUAAUGGAGACUUGCAAAAUAAUAACGGAAAAUCUCUUAAAUGAAAUGCUACCGAAACCUACAGAAGAGAAACACAUUGCUAAUGAUUUUUACACAAUUUGGAACUUUCCUAACUGUUUGGGGGCUAUAGAUGGUAAACAUAUUACCAUCCAAGCUCCCCCAAAUAGUGGGUCGCUAUAUUUUAAUUAUAAGAAGAUGUUCUCUAUUGUCUUGUUGGCGCUUGUUGACGCUAAGUAUAACUUUAUAGCUGUCGAUGUAGGUGCACAUGGCAAGAACAGUGAUGGUGGAAUUUUUGCAAAUUCAAAUCUCGGUAGAGCACUUCAACAAGACAGUUUGUUUGUACCAGGAAAUGCUGCAUUGCCAGGCACACAUACUUUAGUUCCACACGUAAUUGUAGGUGAUGAAGCAUUUCCUUUGAAAACUUAUUUGAUGCGAUCCUACCCGGGACAAGGAUUAGAUGUUUCUAAACGAAUAUUUAAUUAUCGUUUAAGUCGUGCUAGGAGAAUUAUUGAAAACGCGUUCGGCAUUUUGUCACAAAAAUUUAGAAUAUAUAAUAGACGAAUUCAGGCCAAACCAGAGCAUGUAGAUUAUAUUAUAUUGACAACUUGUAUUCUACAUAAUUUUAUCAGAAAAUUCGAUAAUGAUGCAAAUGAAUAUAUGUACGAAGGAGUAAGUGUCAAUGCGAAUGGAACUCUUGAAAAUCUACCUAUGCAGGGUGGAAACGCAACAAAAGAUGCCUUUCGGAUACGAAAUUUAUUAAAAGAUUAUUUUAAUUCAGAAGUUGGAUCUGUACCGUGGCAAGAAUACAUAGUUUAAAAAUAAAAUAUGUUGAUGAAACUAUUAAUAAUUAUAUUUAUUUUGAUAAUAUCUAAAAUAAAUACAAUACAUAAAAUCUAAAAUAAAUAUUACUAUAUAAGUACUUACCAUCUUCUUUCAGAUCUGUUCCAAUCUUAUUCCAAAUACCGAAUUUAAAAGAGGUAUCCAUAUAUUUGGGAUGUGAUAAAUUGUAUAACACAGGAUAUUGACGGACUAAUUCAAUUAAUUGUUCGUCAUUCAUUUUUAUAAGCCUAAAAAUGGUUAUAUGAAUAUACACAAACUUAAAGAGGUCUGCACUGUGAUGCGAAGAAAAUAUUAUAUUAAACGUAAUUUUAUCGUAAAAUUGAACAUGCAAGGAACAGAAUAUUUUAUUUGCAUCCAAAUCCACGAUUUGACUCCAAAAAGUGAUCUGUUUGGCAUAGAAUGAUUUACAGGCAAACUUACUGACUGCCGUAACGGGUCCGUGAAAAAACAAAUAUAUCGUUUGCAAUAAAUACGGUAUGAAUACUGAACUGAGACUGUACGAUCCGAAUACAUUACUACGCCGGACAUGUAUAAAUACGUCCAUUUAAAAACAAUGGAACAAUACCUAUUAGUACUGAUACUGACGGAAAAUUACGGAACUGAGCGAAUACGGCAUUGACACGUCACGGAUAUGUGUGAAGAUCCUUUAAGUGUACCUGGCCACACUUACUUUGACGAUUCCGAAGCACUCGAAAUACCAUGCGAUCACCCGUGAAUCAAGAUGAUCGACACUAGACCUAUGUACUCGAUGUUCAUGGACGAAUUAUGGGAUGACACCCGGACUGAUCGUUGGACGAGGCUUGUGUUAGAACUUAGAAGAGACUAUUGACGACAUAAUGGAUAGUUAAGCGCAUUACUAUUACCGAAAAAUGAGAUAAGUUUAUAGAAAAAACAUACUUAUACGUUAAUUUAAAGCAUAUACCUACGUUAUAUUUAAUAUCAAAUUACAUGGAACGUAUUCAAUAAUCGAGGCACUGGUUUAAAUAGAGAAAAUAGCUUUUUUAUUCUAAAUACGUCUUGCAAUAAAGUUGUUUGAGAGAAAAGGCGCGUAUAACACUGAAACAAAAGCUAGCCAAAG